AUGUUACAAUCUGGACGCGGUCGCGAACGCGCCAGAGGCAGGGCGAAGGAAUGGGUUGAGCUUCCCGCGAUGAACCUCGAACUCAGUUCAUCCGCUACCGUGCUGGCGGAACUCGAUAGUGGGAGGAAGGACGGCGAACAAACAAUACCUGGAUUACGAAGCUGCAAGGGAAUGCUGAGCAGAAAUCCAGGGGGCGACCGACAGACGACGGAGUUUGAAGAGCGCGGCACAGUGGAGAGAGGUACAGGGACCUUGCGACAGAUUAAGAACUACAGAGAUCGAAAGAGACUGUCACAGGCCCUCUACGUGCGCUGGAAUGAUACGUUAGAACCCUACCAUGGGGUCUACGCCAUGCCAGCAGCCACCUCGAUUCUAAGACCAGCCUACCCCAGCUCAUACCUCGCUCAAGCAUUCGGCGACCCCACCAGCCGCUUUGGACCUGCAUAUCCAUCACCCCGCACAGCUUCAUGA